UUAAUGAAAGCUGUCUGGAGGUUCCAGGUUUCUCUUCCCACUUACUGCUCCCCCGCCACUAGGUACAGUGAGCGCGAGGGCUGCGCGUGUUACUGUGAAAAGCAUCCUCGUUUCUACGCCGGAAGAGGCAACUCCGGCGGCGGAAGAGGCUCGAUCUCCUACUCGCUAUGUUCACGAACAAUAUGUCGGACCCGCGGAGGCCGAACAAAGUGCUGAGGUACAAGCCUCCGCCUAGCGAGUGUAACCCGGCCUUGGACGACCCGACGCCGGACUACAUGAACCUGCUCGGCAUGAUCUUCAGCAUGUGCGGCCUCAUGCUCAAGCUGAAGUGGUGCGCUUGGGUUGCUGUCUACUGCUCCUUCAUCAGCUUCGCUAACUCCCGGAGCUCUGAGGACACUAAGCAAAUGAUGAGUAGCUUCAUGCUGUCCAUCUCUGCCGUGGUGAUGUCGUAUCUGCAGAACCCUCAGCCCAUGACACCCCCUUGGUGAUGUCAGCCUAGGGAGGUCACUUCCUGGACCCCUCUAUACACCUCCCUCCAGGGCUGAUCCUUAGCUGCUCAGCCUCCUUUCCUCAGCUGCUGGCUGUCCUGGGCUUCCCUGGGGUGAGGUAGUUGCAGGACCCUCAACUGAAUGGAAGGAACCUGGACCUUUCCCUGGGGUCCCACUUUUACUGGGGCAGAGAGGGGAAUACCCUAGGCCUACUCCUGCCUUCCUUCCCCACCCUGCCUGCUGCUGGGGGAGAUGCUGUCCAUGUUUCUAGGUGUAUCCACUUAUUUUCUUGUUGAAACCAGUUAACAAUAAAGUUUUGCAUUCUGGUU